AUGCCAUCCGUUGAUUUCAUCCCCAGCCCCAGCCCCAGCCCCGGCUCCCAACCACUAACCAAUGGUUCAGAUUUCAUCCGCUCCAGCUGCAAAUGCACUACCUACUCCGACCUCUGCUACGCCUCCUUGAAACCCUACUCUAGAUCCGUCAACGGGGACCUAGCAAAGCUGUCCAUCGUCGCCAUCGGCGUCAGCUUGGAGAAGGUCCAAACGAUGGCUUCCUACUUGGCCAACCUCAGCCGCGAUGCUGACCACAAGUACGAUCCUAGAAUGGCACGGUCUCUCCAACUCUGUCUCGAUUUUAUUGGUGGAGAUGAUGGCGCUGUGGACGAUAUCCAGAAAUCGCUGAAACAGAUGCGCGAUCUGGGCGCGGCCGGGAGCUCCAAGGAAAGGCUCCGGUAUUUGUUGUUUAAUGUGCAGAAUUGGAUUACUGAUGCGUCCAUUUGUCAUUCUGGUUGUGCUGACACCUUCGAUGAUGUGCCGGACGGGCCGCUGAAGGAGGAUGUCAUCGCUAGGGCUGAGUAUGUGAGAAAAUUUACUAGCAUUGCACUUGGCUUGGUUGAAUGUUACAGUGACAAAGUAACAAGUUGA